AUGUACAGAAAGUUGGCCUCUAAUAAUAAUUAAGCUAUUGCUAAUUUAUUAGAAUUGAAGUUUUUGUUAAGAGACUUUUCUGAGAUUUCUUAAAAACAAUUCACAAAAUUAAAUCAAGAUGAGGUCAAUUAACUUUUGAUUAUCUAAUAGCUAAAUUAGAAUUGGAAUCAGGUAUAUCAUUUAAAUUGAUGAUAGAAUGUAAAUAGCUUGAGUAGAAAGUACUAGUUCUUGAGAUUUCAAGAUUCAUUUAGUUUUAUGAGCCAAGUAUCAUAGAUAGCUGAUUAGAUGAAACGUAUUAAUUUUUAAAUUAUUUAGAUUAUCCGAAAUGGUUCAAUAAAAAUGGACUUGUAUAAAUGGAUUUAAUGAGUCCUGAGGUACAAGGUGUAACAUUUAAGGAUGUUAUUCUUGCUCAUUCAGCAGAACAAAUUUCAUAAGUGAUUGUAAGUUAACCUAAGACUUCAAUAUUCGACAAUUGUGAUAUUCAUAUAGAGAAUCUUAUCUCUUCUUGGAAUAACAAUUACUAGAAAUUUCAAGGAUUAAACCAAGUCUUUGAAAGAUCUGUGAAUUUCAUUUGA